UCGCCUUCCGCCGCCAUGCCGGGCACCGGGCGCUGACAGACCUUCGGGCCCAGUGGGCGGAAUGGAGAAUCAGGGUGUGCCUCCCGGGCCUUAUCGGGCCACCAGGCUGUGGAAUGAAGUUACCACAUCUUUUCGAGCGGGAAUGCCUCUAAGGAAACACAGGCAACACUUUAAAAAAUAUGGCAAUUGUUUUACAGCAGGAGAAGCUGUAGACUGGCUUUAUGACCUGUUAAGAAAUAAUAGCAAUUUUGGUCCUGAAGUUACAAGGCAACAGACUAUCCAGCUAUUGAGAAAAUUUCUUAAGAACCAUGUCAUUGAAGAUAUCAAAGGCAAAUGGGGAUCAGAAAAUCUUGAUGACAACAGUCAGCUAUUCAGAUUUCCUGCAAAUUCUCCACUUAAAACUCUUCCACGAAGGCAUCCAGAAUUGAGAAAAAACAGAAUAGAGAACUUUUCCAAAGAUAAAGAUAGUAUUUUUAAAUUACGAAACUUAUCUCGGAGAACUCCUAAAAAGCAUGGAUUACAUUUCUCUCAGGAAAAUGCAGAGAAAAUGAACUGUGAAAUAAUCAAUGAAGAUCAAGAAAACUCAGUUGAUAAUAGAGAAAUAAGCCAGAAAGACGUUGAAGAAGUUUGGAGAUAUGUUAUUCUGAUCUACCUGCAAACAAUUUUAGGUGUGUCAUCCCUAGAAGAAGUCAUAAAUCCCAAACAAGUAAUUCCUCAGUAUAUAAUGUACAACAUGACCAAUACAAGUAAGCAUGGAGUAGUUAUACUGCAAGACAAAUCAGAUGAUCUUCCUCACUGGGUAUUAUCUGCCAUGAAGUGCCUAGCAAAUUGGCCAAGAAGUAAUGAUAUGAAUAAUCCAAGUUAUGUUGGAUUUGAACGAGAUGUAUUCAGAACAAUUGCAGAUUAUUUUCUAGAUCUCCCUGAACCUCUACUUACCUUUGAAUAUUAUGAAUUAUUUGUGAACAUUUUGGUUGUUUGUGGCUACAUCACAGUUUCAGAUAGACCCAGUGGGAUACAUAAAAUCCAAGAUGAUCCACAGUCUUCAAAAAUCCUUCACUUAAACAGUCUGAAUUCCUUCAAAUCAACUGAGUGUCUUCUUCUCAGUCUGCUUCAUAAAGACAAAAACAAAGAAGAAUCAGAUACUACUGAGAGACUGCAGAUAAGUGCUCAAGGAUUUCAAGAAAACUAUGCUAAGAAAAUGCAGCUAGUUAAUUUUAAAAACAGAAGCACCAGUGUUAAUGACAUAAUGGGAGGAAGUUGUCAUAAUUUAAUAGGCCUAAGUAGUAUGCAUGUUCUAUCCUCUAGCAUCAAACCAAGGUGCUAUUCAUUAGAAGGAAUUGUAGAUUUACCAGAGAGUUCAAGUAAAGAGGUCUCCAGUGUCUUCCAUCAAUCUGUUCUGAACAUAAAAGGACAAAAUAAUAAACAAUUUUUAGAGUCUGAGACCAAACAGGAAUCCCUAAUGAAUCUUCAUUCAGAGGAAAGUAUUCAAAAGCCACUCUGUGUUGGUUUUAAAAGAACCUCUACUUUGACCGUUCAAGACCAAGAGGAGUUAUGUAAUGGAAAGUGCAAGCCAAAACAGCUUUGUAGAUCUCAGAGUUUACUUUUAAGAAGUAGUACAAGAAGGAAUAGUUAUAUUAAUAUGCCAGUGGCUGAAAUUAUCAUGAAACCAAAUCUUGGACAAGGCAGCACAAGUGUGCAAACAGCUAUGGAAGGUGAACUCGGAGAGUCUAGUACCACAGUCAAUAAGAGACUCUGCAAAAGUACAAUAGAACUUUCAGAAAACUCUUUACCUUCAGCUUCCUCUAUGUUGACUGGCACACAAAGUUUGCUACAACCUCAUUUAGAGAGGGUUGCCAUCGAUGCACUACAGUUGUGUUGUUUGUUACUUCCCCCACCAAAUCGUAGACGGCUUCAACUUUUAAUGCGCAUGAUUUCGCGAAUGAGUCAAAAUGUUGAUAUGCCCCAACUUCAUGAUGCAAUGGGUACAAGAUCACUGAUGAUACAUACUUUUUCUCGGUGUGUGUUACGCUGUGCUGAAGAAGUAGAUCUUGAUGAGCUUCUUGCUGCACGAUUAGUUUCUUUCUUGAUGGAUCAUCAACAGGAAAUUCUUCAAGUACCCUCUUACCUACAGACUGCAGUGGAGAAACAUCUUGACUACUUAAGAAAGGGCCAUAUUAAAAAUCCUGGAGAUGGAGUGAUUGCUCCUUUGCCAACGUAUUCAUACUGUAAACAAAUUAGUGCUCAAGAGUUUGAUGAACAAAAAGUUUCUACCUCUCAAGCUGCAGUUGCAGAACUUUUAGAGAAUAUUAUUAAAAAUAAGAGUUUGCCUAUAAAGGAGAAAAGGAAAAAACUAAAACAGUUUCAGAAGGAAUAUCCCUUGAUAUAUCAGAAAAGAUUUCCAACCUCUGAAAGUGAAGCAGCACUUUUUGGUGACAAACCUACAAUCAAGCAACCAAUGCUAAUUUUAAGAAAACCAAAGUUUCGUAGUUUAAGAUACUAA